AUGAGAGAACAAGAUCAGCAAACAAGAGUGCUAUACGAGCUGUGUUCAAUGAUUAUUCACAUCCUCCGUACGCCGCCGCUUCCCGUAUCGUUUCCCAGCCUUCUAGGCCCAUCUCUUCUGUCGUCGCCGCCGCCACUGCAGAAUUCUCCGGCGGCUUUUGGGUCUCUGUUUCUUGGGAUUUCAAUUGCCUUGAUGUUGUUUGGAUCUGUGACUUUUAUAAUUGGGCUCAUAUUGAUGCCACUGGUGAUUACACUUGUGUUGUUGUUCUACAUUGUGGGGGUUAUAUCGAAUUUAUCAGAAUUUGGCCGGACCAUCCUUUGCCCUGCUUCUGAUAAGUUUCCUCCAGAAUGGAGUUAUUCAAGUUGA